CCUGGACGCGCCAGUACCAUACCUAUCGCAAGACCACCGUAUGGUUUGCGGGGCAGUCUGACUGCAGCAGAGUCCCGCCUCGAUGCACGCACUGUCUGCGCGGCGCAACUCGCUGUGUCUGUUCUGCGCAUUCGCGACCCGACAGGCGCAGCCGCAGCGCCUCCUGCCCCGGAUCCAGGUCGCGCAUAGAUCUGGCGGCAACAGUGGCAGCAAAUCAGGCAAAUCAGACAAAUCAGGCAGGCCGUACAAGACGGCCACCUUCAACCCUCUCGUCAGGGGCAGAAGCAAUCCUGCCAACCGCCCUCCAGCCGACUUCAUCCGUUCCAUCGUCGACGACAAGCUCCGGGCGCUCAGGGCCGAAUUCACCGAGCCAUCUUUCCUCGACAGCCUGCAGCUCAACCAGGAGCAAUUCAACGAUGAAUGGCAGCGAUUCGAGAGCUCGAUCGGCGCGUGGGUGAAGCAGGGGAGUCGGGAGCUGAUCGACCUGGCCCAACAAGCAUCACGGAGAAAGAAGACACUCGAGACGCGCUUACGAUACCUGUUCUACGCGCAGACAUGCAAUGGACGCUUCACAAACGCCGAGUUGGAGAACCAGAAACAGGUGGCAGACCUGCGCUAUCCCGCCGAAUGGUACCCCGCCACGCGAGAAGUCCCUCGAGUUGUCCACAUGCACGUCGGUCCCACCAACUCCGGCAAGACCUAUCAUGCUCUCCAGCGCCUCGAAGCCGCAAAAUCGGGCAUUUACCUCGGUCCGCUGCGACUGCUCGCACACGAAGUCUUCACACGAUUGAACGCGAAAGGCAAAUCAUGCGCGCUGGUAACUGGCGAGGAGCAGCGACUGCCAGAGGGAGGUGCACCUCUCAUGUACAGCUGUACUGUCGAGAUGGCGCCUCUCAAUACCAAAUUCGACGUGGCCGUCAUCGACGAAAUUCAAAUGAUCAAUCACCCAGAGCGAGGCUGGGCAUGGACACAAGCCUUCCUGGGGCUGCAGGCAAGAGAGAUACAUGUUUGUGGCGAAGCGAGGACGGUCAACAUUAUGCGCGAGCUGUGCGCGCUCGUCGGUGACGAAGUGCACGUUCACGAAUAUAAGCGCCUGACACCUCUCCAAGUUCAACCUCGUAGCUUGGACGGCAAGUUGAACCGGUUGGAGAAGGGUGAUUGCCUAGUCGCUUUCACCGUAGUAGGCAUCCAUGCGUUACGGCGAGAGAUCGAGAAGAAUACAGGCAAGAAGUGCGCCAUUGUCUACGGAAGUCUGCCACCAGAGACGAGAGCAAUGCAAGCUAGGCUGUUCAACGACCCAGACAACGACUACGACUAUCUCGUUGCUAGUGACGCUAUUGGUAUGGGUCUGAAUUUGGCCAUCAAGCGUGUGAUCUUCGAGUCUACCAUGAAAAGCGACGGUACCAAGUACGUGCCUCUGCAGCUCUCAGAGGUCAAGCAGAUCGCUGGCCGUGCCGGUCGCUACAGGACUGCUGCCGACGCGGUGAGCGACAACACGCCUAAGACGGAUGGUGAGAAAAAGGCUGUAGCGCGGAAAGAAAACACCGUGGGGUGGUGCACAACGCUUGAACAAUUGGAUCUCGAAUUCCUCAAGGAUGCUAUGAACCAGGAGCCAGAACCAAUCAAAACAGCUGGUCUGUUUCCUCCCUCGCUCAUCGUUGAGCGCUUCGCCAGCUAUUUCCCGCCAGGAACGCCGUUCAGUUAUAUCCUCCUUCGUCUCCAUGAGAUCUCCGAGAUUCACCCACGCUUUCACCUCUGUGGUCUGAAGGAGCAGCUCACAAUUGCAGACGCAAUCCACACGGUCAAAGGCUUGAGCAUCCAGGAUCGCAUUAUGAUCACGUCUGCUCCUUGCAGUAUGCGCGAUGUAGACCAGAAAAAGUUUCUGCGCACCCUCGCAGAAUGCAUCGCAGAAGGGAGAUCCGCAAACCUGCUAGAGCUUCCAAACUUGCCUUUGGACGCUAUGGACGAACCCGCUCGAGGCGACCGAAGCUACCUGUACUCGCUAGAACAGCUUCACAAGAUGGUUGUCCUCUACCUCUGGCUCAGCUACCGUUUCCCCAACGUGUUGACCACACGGCCUCUCGCAAUAUACACUAAGAAGUUGCUCGAGGACCAGAUUGAGAACACGCUCACACAGUUCUCGCACACAGAGCUCAGGAAGCAACAGAAGGAGAAGCGCGAGCGUGCUAGGUUGCAGAGGAGUACGGAGGCUGCGACGGCUGCGAAGGCGAUUGAAGCAGAACUUCCUCCACCUGGCAUGCCUGAGGAGGUGAAGGACAUGGUCAACGAUAAGACGGCUUUCGAGGAUGCGCCACCGGCAACGGAUGAUCGCAACGAAUACCCUGACGAGCCUGUUGAUGAGUCCGAAAAGACGGACAAGCUCGAUCCCAUCCCGGAGGAGCAUCACGCUGAGCAGCGGAAGUCAGCGAACCUGUAGAAUUGUAAUUGUAGAGAACGCGUGCGGCAUGGAAGCGCUGGCUUGGCGUUGCAUAGCUCCUGGAUGGAAGCUACACUGUGCACUACUCGAUAUAUCACUGGCUUCAUAGAUGUAACAACACUGUAAAUAGACAGGUCUCAAGGGACUCGAAACACCGCCUCGAAUCGCGCGAGUCGGCAACCCUCAACCUCAGAUCUUAUCAGUAGUGACGUCUGAGGCGGCGGAGCUUGAGGGCCACUUUAGCGCCU